CCCUCUCUCUUGCAGUCAGCCGAAAAGAGAGAAGGCGAGCAGAUCACCUACCACAACACUCCAACUACACUAUUUUCUCAAAAAAUAUACAUAGUGUUUUCUUUACUUAUUGGUGAAGUGACAAAUUAUCAUCCACGAUGGAGCUGGGUGACAUGUCGUUGGGGACUCAGGAGGUCACAGUAAUUUCAGAAAAUGGAAGUGGAUUUGAAGCUGGAUCUGAAGUUGGGCAAGACACAGAGUCCGCAGUGGGUGACCUCUUGAACGAAAUCGUGGCUAAAGUAACAGCAGCAACAAUGCCGCCGAAUAAAAAAAUGAAAGAAACCGACGAAAUCGAAAUGCAAGUUGAUGUAGAGGAAGAAUUACUCAGCUCGGAAAAUAAGGAGAACAUACUGCAUGGGAUCCGAAAGAUGAGUCGUAAAGAUCUCGAAGAAUUGGUGCUUUCCAAAAUCGUGGAAGCCAUUAUAAAGCACUCGGAGGUUGGAAAAUUCAGAACAAAGAUUUUUGAAAUGCAGAUGUACAAGGAGAAACUGCAAAACAGAGUUACACAUCUUCUAAAACAGGUGAUUGAAAUGGGAAAGGCGGUAAAGCUGCUAUUGGACAAUCACAAUCGAGACCCAAACAAUUUGAAUCCAAACAAGAAACGACCUCCACCAAUUAAGUUUUACCGCUCAGUGGGCUUGCAAGUCACGAUUGAACCAUCUGUUCGCAAUGGAAUGUCAAAGGUCAUCCAUGUCAACAAUGUUAACGGCCUCCCACUCAGUGCUAAGCCGCUCAACGGAACUCUGCAUAACAUUCCUAUAAAGAAACCAGGGCCCAAGUCACUCACCGAGCCAAGAGCUAUUCUCAAGUCAUCCCCCAUUAAGAACCAAAUAAAUAGUAACAAUAAUAACAACAACAACAAUGCACUCACACAAACAGUGGUCAAAGGACUGAAUCAAAUGAAUGGUCACCUCUCCCCAACCAAAGUUGCCACCAGUAUGACCACCGCGUUAUCCUCAAAGUCGGUUUCCUCACCCACAGUCGUUGACCUAACUGAUGAUAACGUAGCUCCCGGUCCCAGCGCAAGCGGAGACAAUUCUGGUGUGUUCAGAUUAGUAAAUAGCGGUGUUCCAGGAGGUUAUCAGAUACUUUCGAAUGGCCAAAACAGAUCAAUCAUACUAGGGCCGAAUGUCUCUACUACAACGACAACAACUAAUAUGUCGACUGGGCGACCUGUGUCGGUGCUAGUGAGGCCUGCACUCAAUAAUCGACCGAUUCAGAUCCAACCAAGAGCACCACUCGGAAUUGCACCAAACCGUCCAGCUGCAGUUGUGGUAACAUCAGCAAUUCCUAAUCGAGGUAAUGCAGCAGCAGUUAUACCGCCAAGACCGUUAAGUCAACAGCAGGUUGCUGCAUCAAGGAAGAUUCAGUUGCCACCUCUGCCCAUAUCUUCAGUAGUUCCAGUUCCUCGUGGUAGAGUUCUAAAGGAGUUGCCCCCAAGACCUACCUUGACACUAAAUGAGCAAUCUGAUGGGAUCGUCCUGUCAUGGACCAUGAAACUAUCUCUGCAGCACGCAGAAAUUGCGUCGUAUCAGAUUUACGCCUGCCAAGAAUCGCUAGCCUCGUCUCCGGGAAAAACUUCCUCGUGGAAAAAAGUGGGCGAUGUAAAAGCUCUUCCGCUACCAAUGGCGUGCACUUUGUCUCAGUUUACACACGGCAACCGCUACUUCUUUAUCGUUCGAGCAAAUGACACUCAUGGAAGAUCCGGUCCAUUUUGCGAACCCGGGCCAAUCAUUUUACAAAAGAAAUGAAUAAUUUACAUCACCCAUAAUGCAUUAUUUAAAUGGAUGGAUGUCUCAUCAUUUUCUCUUAAACGACAUAAGCUGACAAUUUGUAGUGGUUUCUUCUUUCUUCUAUUUUUUUCACGUUGGAGUGAAGUUUUUUGUUUCUCACAAUAAUCAACGUAUUAUUAUCUUUCGUUUUACUGUGUUGAUGUAGAUAUCCUGGACGAGGAGGUUAGAAUAUAUGAUCUCAUUCCAUUUGUUGAGUUUGAAAGGCUUUAGAGCAAAAACUCUUCUCUACGCAGUAAUGCGCACGCUUUAAGUAAUACUAAGGAGGGGAGCUUCACUUGCCAAUAAUCGAUUUUGAUGUCCUUUGGAUAUGUUGUAGUAUCCCACGAGUACUAGUGUUUUGAUUUCAUAUCCAUAUUUGCGUCCGCCACACCCACUCGAAGGAGCUAAAAACAAAAAAAUAGUCCUGUUCUCACUCGUUUGAACCUUCGCCAUAAAUCCAACUUUGCUCUGAUUUUGAAUGAACCGUGAACAAGUUAUGAUAUGAUUUGUCACACGACAUUUCGGACUGGAACGUAAAUAUAAAUAGUUUGUUGGAAAAGAGAAAAGCGAAAGUGGUGACAACAGUAUCGGGGAAACAAUAUGGUUUUCUAAAAUUCCUGAACAUGCAUUAUUUUCUAUAAUUUUUUUGGUCCGUUAAUAUCACUCGACUAAUGAAAAUCAAUAUUAUGCUAAUAUAAAUUAUGCUAAACAUGUUACGUCUAAUUUGGAAUUAUAUUAUCCCUUUAUGGCUGUUUUGUAAAAUAAAUUAUCCAAAUCGACUGGACGCUCGGCAUCGAAAUCGGUUAUUGGCUAUAAGUUAAGCGUUCCUCAAUAUAAAACCACAUUGUCUGCCUACUGUUAUUAUAAACUCACAUACUUGUUAUUCUUAUGUUUAUGGACAGACUGCUGAUUAAAAUCAACGAAUUUUUUCUUUAAAAGGCUGACAAAUUGAACAAAUUUGUCGGCUUCCUUGUGUUUUGACAUAGGCUGCCAUCUCGCAUUGUCUAUGUAUGUAUUCAUUUAGGUAUAGGUAACUUUGUACCAGGUUGUAGGGCGGCUAGGUUAGGCAUUGCUGCCAGGUACUGCUAUGCAUUUAUUAUGAUCCGGGCGGUCUGGCUGGAACUCGGAUAUUAAUGUAAAUGUAAUUUAAAUAUGAGGGGUCAUACUAGUGAUUUAAUGAUAAGGCAAAGACAUGCUUGUGAAUUUUAAAAAAUUGAAACUUACUAUGAUACGUAACCAGUUUUAUUCAAGUGUAAUAGAAAUAAAUAUGAUAAAAUAAUUUUACAAGCUGUGAAAGAUUCGAA